AUGCCGACGCAGCGCUACAUCGCGCUGCAGAUGCUGCAGGAUCGCGCGCUGUGGGAGCUGGGAGGCCCACGUGCUCGUCGUGCCUCCACUACCGAGCUGCGACGACGCAGUUCCACUAACGACGUGUCCCCUCUGCAUCACAGUGCGCACUCAGCGAGCAUCCACCGACCAGCAGGGACGUUAGUGGAGAGCACCAGCGACAUCUCUCUGCUCCUGGCGUACGUCGAAGCCCAUAGUCUAGUGGACGAACACGCAGAGCGAACGGACGCUGCAGCUGCCGCCAAUUCAUCUCCAUUGGAUGAAGAAGUUGAAAUAGUGAAAGUAGAACAAGAAGAGCAGGAAACGACCCGUUGGCAGCUCUCCAAGGAAACUAUGUUCAUGGUUUCGGCCUUCAUCGUGCUCUUUACAUCCGGUGGACUCAUUCUUGGAUUUGGCCCAGUGUACUCGACAUUGGUGAGAGAGAAACAAUGGGUGGAGCUGUGUAUGCUAGAGGAACAAGAGAAUGAUAGUGGCGCAUUGUGUGCCGCUCAGGAAGUUCGACUGCAGUUCGUCUUCUCGACGGGUUUCCUUUGCCUCAGUGCAGCUAACGCCUUUUUUGGCGUGUUUCUUGACGUGGUGGGACCUCGGAUCACCAUCAUGUUGGGACUCACACUGUCAGCAAUGGGGAAUUUGGCUCUGGCCUUUGGAGAUUCGCACAAUGGCAGUGGCGCAUGGAUUAUUACAGGGUAUUCACUAGUGGGGGCUGGAGGAAUGGGGGCGUACUUGGCAGCGUUCCAGAUCUUGCAGCUAUAUGAAGUGCAGGGCGUUGUAUGCAGUACAUUGUCCAGUUUAUUCAACUGUUCGGGGUAUGUGUACAUGCUACUGGGGGUGCAUGAUAUCACACGAUCAAUGUUCUUCCAAGUGUAUGGCAUUUUAGUGACUGUAUGUGCGUUUAUCGGCUUCCUACUGUUCCCGACCAACAAUAUCACGAAGCCUAACGACUUUCUCGCUGUUCCUCUUUGUCAUUUUGACAUACCUCGCAUCAAUACUCCUAUUGGCUUGGUGGGUGGAAUGCGUGAAGAGCUUAAACGUCAAGAUUUGUGGUUCUUUGCUCUUCUGUUCGGCUGGGUUUCACUCAUUUUCGCGUUCGCGGGCGGUGCGAUUCCGAGCAUGCUGGUCAACCUCGCUGGUGACGACACCAGUGCUGCGUCACUGUACACGAAUGUCCUCUAUCCCAUUCUUGUGAAUGGUACCUUUUGGUAUUCCCCAAUUGUCGGGUACGUUAUCGAUCACUACGGCUUUAAAGUGAUCUUCCUGGCCUGCAUCGCUUUGGUGCAGCUUUUCAUCGCACUCCUGCUGGUACCCUCACUCCGAGUCCAACUCGUCAUGUUCUUCGUCUACGCGAUGGCUCAGACGUGUCUAUAUGCACUGCAAUUCGCCUACAUCAUCAUGUGCUUUCCAGCUGAGCUAUACGGCACUCUCCAAGCCUUCCUCGCCACGGUCUCGUUUUCCUUCGGGCUGCUGAAUUAUGUCAUCAAUCCGUGGACUCAAGUGUAUUUCGACGGCAACUACACAGUUGCGUUAUUGUUUCUGGGGCUGCCAACGUUUGUGUUCUAUGGAUUCAUUCACGUUGUUCAAGGAUGCGAACAUCACACCAUCUCGCAAAAAGCAAACGCUGAGUCCACGAGCCAGGAUUCACCCGCUGAAGAGAGCACCAGACUCUUAUAG